GAAACGCCUUGUACUUUCCGUGAACUACGGUGGCUCGGAAGGGGCCGGGGCCCGCUCGAAUGGCGGUGCGAAAGCGGAGUGGCUUCAGUCAGAUCCCUGGCAGGUUUUAUUGAAGAAACAGAGAUUCAUCCCAUUUCUAAGAUUAAUAUUUACAAUUUGGAUUUGUCGACCUUCUUGUAAGAUAUAUAUGGCAAUCAAAAUGAAAGCUUUCUUUGAAGUUUUAGAACAAUUAUACCGGAAGGUACUUCUUGGAGCCACACUUGAAAAUGACAGCCAUGAUUACAUCUUUUAUCUCAACCCAGCAUUUUCAGAUCAAGAUUGCUCUACAACCACCUCCUCAGACUGCUCAAACAUCCUUGAUGUUCAGGGCAAGCAUCAGCCAUCCUCUGUGAAUUUGGCUACCCCUUCUGUAGCACCUGUUUGUUUGCAGAGACAUUUUCAGUUGAGCAGUACCCGAGAAAUAAUGCUCCUUCAGUUAACAGUGAUCAAAGUGAUGAUAACCAGAAUAUUAUCUGUCGAAACUGAAUUGCAUGCUAAGGAGAAAUAUAAAGAUAUAAUUAAAAUUCUCUUAAAAUCAUCUGACAUCGAUUCUAAAUUAACCUGUAUGUUCCAAACCUCGGAUAAAUUGUUAUCUCACAUGGCUGCAAAGUGCCUUGCACUACUUCUGUAUUUCCAACUGAAGGAAAAGAUAACAUUGAGUAAUUCCUGGAUUUCUUUCUGCCAAAAAAAUCUUUCUGAAUAUUCUGAAAGUGAUAAAGUAGUAUACUGCCUCUGGAUGCUUACCUUUGUAAUAAAAGAAAUCUUUAAAGAUACAUGUUCACAAAAAACAGAAAUUCUAAAGCAGUUCCUGACUCCUUUUGACACUAUUUUUGAAGUCUUUUACAAUUCCUUAUUUUCUCAGCAUUUUGAAAACCACCAAGAUACUUCUAAACUAAUAAAUAGCUUGAUAUGUUUCCUGGAAUUGCUUGAACUUCUUAUAGCCUCCAGAAUCCACCUGAAGUUACAUUUCACUUGCCAGAGGAUUUUAUUUUUGAAACCUUCUUGCGUGUUCGACGUUAUUACCUGGCCUAUUCAGGCUUUUGUCAAAAGGAAAUUCAUCAUAUUCAUCAAAAAGUGCCUUCUCUGCAAAGUGGGUGAAGACCUUUCUCGGGGAUCUGUCCCUACCUUCAUGGCACCAGAUCAUCCUUUAGAUGUGGACCUGUUGGCUUUGGCUGAUGCUGUUUUGCAAGCUGUGGAUUUGGGCUUGUUGAGGACACUGUCUGUCUAUGGAAAACCUUCCUGCUUUGGAGGCGAUGAAGUCCAACCUGGAUGUGAGUGUGUCCCUGGUCCAGAUCAUGUGAUCCUUAGAGCAGCGAGCUUACUUAUCAUUAGAUCCUUAGAAAUCAAGUUUCAAAAUGGUGCUUCAGCAAAUGAAAUGAAAGUUGAUUUACAGAGGUUCAUGUCUGAGUUACUGACCUUCUUAAAGCCUCACCUUCAGCCCUCUCUGCAAUCACACAAUCUUUGUGAGUGGUUGUCUAGGGUCUUCAUAGAACAAGACGAUGACAUGCUGGAGGCUGCCAAAACAGCAAUGGGCAUCUACCUGAAGUUGACCAGAGAAUGUGAAGCUACUGAAAGCUUGACCCAAGAAAAAGAAAUGUGGAACCAUCACACACAUGAAAAUGGCUAUAAUCCACACUGUAUUUUUUUAUUCUUAUUAAAAAAUAUAGGAUUUGAUUCUACAGUUCUUCUUGAUUUUUUGAUUUCAUCAGAAACCUGUUUUCUUGAAUAUUUUGUUAGAUAUUUAAAAUUAUUGCAAAAAGACUGGGAUAAUUUUUUCACCAUUUGCAAGUACUUUGAUAUAACUGAAUCUAAAGAUAACAUAAAUAUUUGUUGUUGUAUCUCCUCACUUGUCCAAGACAGAAGCAGCAACCAAACAGAACCUAGUCCUUUGGCUGUUCUUGGUAAUCACAGAGAUGCUCAUGCUUGGGUCUCCUGGGCUUCUGAAGCUUCUUCUGAACCACUGAACCAUGUUGUGAUGUCUGAGGAGGCCCAGGCCACACUCCAGGCUAAUAGUCUGUCUCCCGCACGAACUUCUCAAAGUCUGGUAGAUUAUGAAACCUCUGAUGAUUCUGAAGAAGAAUCCACAGGCCAGCGUUUAGCAAACAGUAGACUAACAUCUUUACACCAAGAAGCAAUGAAGAAAAUUCAGGACACAGUUGGAACAAGUAGGGAUAAAAAAGAACUUAGCCUGGAGUCUCAGUCAAGGUCUCUGGUUUCCAAAGUAUCUAAUACUCCCUUCUCUGUUGAUUGUGACAUAGGCCCAAAUAACAUUGCUUCUAAAGUGGGAAUAUCUCACAGAACAGUAAAGUGCUUUGAAGAGCUACAAGGUGCCAUUUAUCGUUUGCAGAAGAAAAAUCUGUUCCCAUAUAAUCCAACAGCACUUUUGAAGUUGUUAAAACAUAUUGAGACAAUAUAUAAUAGAAGUAUGACUCCUUUGUAAAACAGGAACUGGUUUUCCCUAAUAUAAUUGUGCCUUAAUGAGAUAACAGUAAAAAAAAAAAAAAAAAACUUCAAAAGGGUUUUCUAACAUGCCUUUCCUUUGCCUUUUGGAAGCUGCCUAGUGACUGAAAAAAAUACAUCAAAUGACAAGUCACUUGAUACAGUUGUACAGCACUCAAAAUUUAUGGUAGUUCAACUUACACAAAUUUGGGAUAGUUAUUGUAUUAGUUUCUUACUGCUGCUGUAAAAAUUACCACAAACUUGGUGGCUUAAAACAACAGAGAUUUAUCCUUUCACAACUAGAUUUAUCCUCUAGUUCUCUAGUUCUCCUCUAGUUCUGGAGGCUAGAAAUUCAAAAUCAAGAUGGCUACAGGGCCACACUUUCUCUCAAGGCUCUAGGGGAGAAUCCUUCCCUGCCUCUUCCUAGCUUCUGGCCAUUGCUGGCAAUCCUUGGUAUUCCUGGACUUGUUGCUGCAUCACUCCAGUCUCUUUCUCUGUUGUCACAUGACAUUUUCCCUGUCUGUAUCCAGUUUCCCUCUUGUAAGGACACCAGUCACUGGGUUAGGGCCCACUCUCAUCCAGUGUGGCCACAUCUUAGCUUAAUUAUAUCAGCAAGUACCCUAUCUCACAUUCACAGGUUCUGGGUAGAUGUGAAUUUUGGGAGGGACGCUGUUUAAGCGAGUAUGGUUAUUAUUUCCCCCUGAGGUAUUUACGUGUAAUGUGAUAUGUAAAAAACUUAAAUCUUAGCAGUUUUUUAAAGAGAGGUGAUUAGCUCUAUAUGUAUAUAUGUGGUCUACAAACACAAGUGUAUUCUUUAAAAAGAGUUUUAAUAGGUAAUUUUCCUAUUUAAAAUUGUGAUAUGGAUAAUUAUAUUCUGUCUUUUUGAGAGGAGGCAGUAAAUUCAAGUUUUCAUGUCAUUACAGGCAUACCUCAUUUUAUUGUGCUUCACUUUAUUGUGUUUUGUAGAUAUUGCAUUUUUUACAAAUUGAAGGUUUGUGGCAAUCCUGUGUCAUACAAGUCUUUUGGUGCCAUUUUUCCAACAACAUUUGCUCACUUUGUGUCACAUUUUGGUAAUUGCAAUAUUUCAAACUUUUUCAUUAUUUGUUACAAAUAUAAAACUUUAAUGGAUGAGGAGUUGCUUCUUAUGGAUGAGCAAAGAAAGUGGUUUCUUAAGAUGGAAUCUGCUCCCGGUGAAGAUUCUGUGAAGGUUGUUGAAAUGACAACAAAGGAUUUAAAAUAUUAUAUAAACUUAGUUGAUAAAGCAGCGGCACGGAUUGAGAGGAUUGACUCCAAUUUUGAAAGCACUUCUACUGUGGGUAAACUGCUGUCAAAUGCAUUGCUUGCUACAGAGAAAUGGUUCAUGAAAGGCAGAGUCCAUCAGUGGGGCAAACUUCAUGGCUGUCUUAUUUUAAGAAAUUACCAUGGCCACCGUGAUCAGUCAGCAGCCAUCAACAUCGAGGCAAGACUCUCCACCAGCCAAAAAAUUACACCUCGCUGAAGGCUUAGAUGAUGGUUAGCAUGUUUUAGCAAUAAAGUAUUUCUUUAUUAAGAUAUAUAGGCAUAAUGCCAUUGCACACUUACUAGACUACAGUAUAGUGUAAACAUAACUUUCAUAUGCACUGGGAAACCAAAAAAUCCAUGUGCUUCUCCUUGUGAUACUUGCUUUAUUGUGGUGAUCUGGAACUGAACCCGCAAUAUCUCCAAGGUCUGUGAUGGAUUUAUAUACUGAGAGCAUAACUAUAUUGUGCUGGUCAGUCUGUCAUUAAGACGAUCUGAAAUGUCCUUAAAAUAUUUUUUAAAUGAUCCUUUUAUAGAGAAAUAUAAGGAGACUGAACCUAUCAGACAUUAAAAUAUACUUUAAGGCUGUGUUAAUCAAAAGAGGGUAGUACUCAUUCAGGUAGAAAUGGGAAUAUCAGUGGAACUAAACAGAGGAUGGCUAAUCAAAGUAACAGUGAGAUACUAAUGUUAACCAAAGAGAAAUGCAGAGGUCAAAAACUCUGGUAACAGAGUUGGGGGUGUACAUUGGGGCAGCUUCUACAUAAAAAGUGUGUAUCUUCAAGGAUUUUCAAUGCCACAUUGUUUAUAAAAGCGAAAGACUAGAAAUAAUCUGGUUAAGUAAAUCAUAAUAUAUAUACUCAUAGUAUGUAUGCUAAGUUAUAUAUACUUGUGGAAAGAAUGGGCUGUAUUCAUGUUUACAGAAAUGAAACAUCUACAGUUAAAAAAAAAAAAGUGAGUAUACUGGGCUCCCAUUUGUUUAAGAAAAGAACGUGGGGAAGGAGUAAUACACACACAUAUUUAUAUAUGCCUUUGUGUAUUUAUAAAAUAUUUAUGUAAGAACAUAUAAGAAAAUACUAAUAGUGGUUGCCCUGGGAAACAGAUCUGAAG